AUGAAUAUUCUCAAUGUUGUGAAGGUGUUUAUGUGGCGAGCAUGCCACAAUGCUCUAGCAACAAAAUCAAAUUUGCAGCAUCCGAAGAUUACAGAGGAUCCAUUAUGUCCUGUUUGUGGUAUUAAGGUAGAGACGACAUGGCAUGUAUUAUGGAGCUGUCCAGUAGCAAAGGACAUAUGGAGUAGGUGCAAUAGAAAAACUCAGAAAAGUAGUGUCAAUCAGGAGGAAUUUAUGCUCAUAUGGGAGGAGCUUCUUCAACACCUAAACAUAGAGGACAUGGAAUUAAUGGCGGUGGUUGCACGACAAAUAUGGUUUUGUCGGAAAGCCUUUGUACAUGGGAACAAGAUAAACUCGACUAUCAAUGUGGUAGGGAGUGCUGAGGAGUCUCUGGAGGCUUAUCAAGAAGUAAAUUCUCGGAAGAAUGAAGUAGCCAAAAGGAGAAAUUCACAAGAUCUCCGUUGGGAAGCCCCGAAAAAUGAUUUUGUUAAAGUUAAUUGGGAUGCCGCAGUAGACUUGAAUAGAAAUAAGGGUCGGGGUGAUCAGAAGAGAUGGAAUGGGAGAGGUUCUGGCGACUUUGUCAUCGUCAAGAGUUUACAUUAUUGA